AGUGUCAAAGUAAUGGCGGCUUCAUAGCUGACUAGGUGUGCAUAUCCGGUAAACCACUCUCACGGAAUCAGGACACUUUCACUGUCCAAGAACUGCUCGGAAGUCAACUCAGGGUGUCCUAGUUUCAUCAGAUGAAUAGCUCACUUCCUGUUCUGGAGAAAAAAACGAGCAUUCAAAGAAGAAAAGCUGUGUUUUUGAGCGUUCGAGCAAGCAAACUCGUGGUAACAGAGGGUGCGGCAAGCCAAUAUUAUUGCAUUUUCUACACAUUCUUCUACUGAAAGAGGUCUUCUUCCCCCUUGGAAGGACGCCUGAGAUACAAUCGAAAGCCUCUAGCGUCACAAAGAACCAAAUAUCAUGAGUGAACACAGUGUAGCCCAAGCAAGGGCUUCUGUAAUGCUGUAUGACAAUGAAAAAAAACAAUGGCAACCAUCUGGGGGAUCACAGGGAUUAUCAAGAGUAAACGUAUACCACCACCCAGUCAAUAAUACAUUUAGAAUAGUUGGACGAAAAGUUAACGACCAUGCUGUGGUCAUAAACUGUGCUUUGGCUCGUGGUCUAAAGUACAAUGAAGCUACUCCAACCUUCCACCAAUGGCGUGAUCAACGGCAAGUUUAUGGGUUAAAUUUCCAAAGCCGAGAUGAUGCCGAGAUGUUUGGACAAGCUGUACGAGAAGCUCUAGUAUCACUUAAAGAAGCAACCAGUGCAGCUUCGGCAGCAGCACCACAAUCAUACCAGUACUACCAGGACUCAGUAAGUAAUGGACCAGCUGGAGGGCAGGAAGACAUGGCAGCUCAUAUUCGCCAACGACAAGCUGCUGAUUAUGAUUCUCAUGAUAACUAUUCAAGAAGUCGAGUGGCAACAGGUGGUGCACAAGACAGACCGUUCAGACCACAGUACGAUACACAGGGAUCUGGAGGUGGAUCAGAAACAGAAAGCCCCAGCUCAAGUCAGUUGUCCGUAGCAUCGUCGGUUGGACCUACUUCUCCUAUCCAAUCUGCAGCACCACCAGCUCCAACACCACCCCCAGCUCCUCCAGCACCAUCAGGUCCUGCUGCUCCUCGGCCUCCUCAGCCUCCUCCAGUUCCUGGUAUCGGUGCUCCUGCUCCCCCACCACCACCACCUGCGCCUCCUGCCCCUAGUGCUGGUGGAGGAGGCUCACUGGCUGAUCAGAUUGCUGCUGCAAAGUUACGGAAAUCAUCUAAGGGAGAUUCUGGUGAUGGUGGAGUGAGAACAGAGAGAUCUAAUUCUGUGCGUGGAAAUAACUCUGGCGUAGGUGGUAUGGAUAUGAUGGCUGAAAUGCAAAGGAAAUUAGCUGCAAGGCGUGCAAAACAAGAUGACAGUCCAAGUACAAAUGGACCAGUAAAUCAAGAAGAAAAAUCCUUUCCUUCAGUUCGAUCAACAACGCCCAGUAACCCACCAUCCUUCUCUAGUAACACAAAUAAAGCAAGCUUCCCACCUCCAGUCAAAAUGAAUAAGUCUGAAAGCAGCCGAUUUAACAGUACAAGCAGCAGUAGUAAAAGUGACUCAAGUAUAACAAAUGAACAGCUGGAGGAAUUCAAAUCGGAACUUAUAAUUGCUUUUAGACAAGAGCUGGAAGCAUAUAAAGAAGAAAUCAUUGAGGCCGUCAGAAACGAAGUCUCAAAAAUGAUGUAGGCCUUCACAUAGUUUACAUCAAUAUCCAAGACCAUAACCUAUAUUGAAAUAUUGGCAGAUUACGAAUCAUGACAACAAUUAAACAACGAGACAACAUUGAUAUUCCAGACUCAAUCAAACCUGGAAGAUUAAAAAAGACAUUUGAAGGGUAUUUCAUCCCACAAUUCUGCAAUGUUUUAGGCUUUUCUAACUAGUUUACGGUAGAAAACACUUCAGAGUGAUAAUUAUUGUUUGGUAUAAUCAAAAAUGUUCAUUGUCCAUGAAAGUUUUAUUGGGUUGAAAAAUUCAAGUUAAAUGAAACAUAUAUACUUGUAUACUUGACGCUGUUGAUUUUUAAUCGAGAAAAGGAUAUUAAGAAAUGUUCUUGCAGUCUUCUCUGGCAGUAAAUAUUGAAGCUUUAAGAAAGAUUCUUUAUGAUAGAAUAAAUUGUGACCGUUUUUCUUAAGGAAAUUAUGGCAAUACUUUAAUUUUUUUUGUUUUUUGUUUCGUUUUGUUCUUUGUAGUUCUUUAGAUCAAAGUAAAUAAUUUGGUACCUCUCGUACUUUUGACGCAAAAAGAAAUCCAUUAAUAAUAUCAGUUCAAUUUGAAAUAGCCAAGUUUGCUCUAUGUUGAAAUUUCCAGUAAAUAUCUUCAUCAAAAAUAACAAGAUUCAGCUUUGUUUCUUCUAAAUUGUCGAAAACAGAGAUUUAAAAAAUGGUUAUAUUCAGCUUGCAUACUUUCAAUAUAACAGAUAGAGUAGUGCUCACACUAAAUCCGUGAAACAAAUACUAAUUUUUACCGCUAAAUAGUGAUAAUUAAAUAAUAGAAAACAAAGGAUUCUGUAUGAAAUAGUACUAAUUACUACUAUUUAAUGUUCACGGUUUUAGUGCGUGCACUCUAACAUUGGAAAUUUCUUGAUUAAAUGCAAAUGCUAGAGUUUUCAUUGUUAUGGGAUGACAUGAAUGCUUAAGGAGGCUGGGAAUGGUUUUCUUGUGCACAAACUUACAUGACUAAUGAUGAUAAAUUAGUUAUUUGAUAAUUCAAAAACUGUUCGCUCACAUUUUUUAUAAUUUUUUUGAAUUUUUUUCACUUAAAAAGGUUUAAAAAGGUAAUUGGUGAAAUAUAAAAAUAUUCUGUAAUUAUGAACUCUUAAAAGUUCUGCAUUACAGAAUUUCUUUUAGAUUUCAAUUCAUGCCUUGAAAUAUUUGCAUUUUUUAUCCCAGUUUUGGAAUCGUUAAAACUUCUUGUAAGAUGUAAGACCUGAUAAAUUAUUUUGAUCAGAAAUAAUCAUUACUCUGGCAAGAAAGUUUUGAAAGAACUUAAAAUCUACGAGUAAUAUAACUAAAUAAGUUUUAAGUUUAUUUCCAGAGAAAACUGUUGUAUUUUAGGCAUCUAAAUCAAAAAGCAGGAAUUUAAAAUACUGUUAUACUCUAAGUCUGAUCAAAAAUUGCCAAAAUAAGUUCAAUGCUUUCAGCAAUAAUAGAGUAGAUGCUUUACAACUCAAAAUAUAAAUAACAAUGAAUUUUUCAUUAAAAUAAGCUUGCUAUCUUCAAGUUAGAUUAAUUGUUAGGCCAUUUACUGCUAUGGUAUAAGUGAUAAUAAUUAUAUAUUAUUAAUAAGUUAGUGUAAUCAAUGUAGUAUUGUUACUGGAUCUAAGAUUAUCGUCAUAAGUGAUAAGUCAUACAUUUAGUGCUCUCUACUAUACCUGUAGUYUGAUUCUGACUCCACUACACAAGAGGUGGGUGUUGAGAUUACUCUCCAAAAUAGAAUAUUAAAUGCUUAUACAGUUUUCACAAAAAAAACUAGAAAACGUAUGGCAGGAAGAGAGCAAAGGUCUGUUAUGCUAGAAUUUAGUAAAUAAUUUUGUCAUCAACUUAAGCUAUAUUUCACUCAACUAUAAUUUACAAUACCGUUUUGAAUAUGUUGAGUCUUAAAAGCAUAGCAUUGCAAGCUAAAACCUUUAUUAGCAAUAGAGUAAAAAGUUGAUUCUUUUCCAAUCCAAUCUCUGCUACAAGUUAUUUACGUCCUAAUUUUGUCCAUCAGUAUUAUGCUUUCUAAGCCCAAGUUUGUUUCGCUAAAAAUUAUAAAUUAGACAUCAAAGAAGUUUCUCUAAAUUGUUCUCAUCCUUAAAACAGUUUGUGGUACUAGUCUAAUUUGUUCACACACUAAAUGGAAAAAAGUGGAAAGGAUAAGUUGCAUUGCAGUCAUCUUGGUACAUCUUUUACUUCGCUCAAAAGUGAAAAAUCGUCACAAGUCUUCACUUGCAAACAAGGAACUUUCCCCCUUCUGUUAUACAGGAAAUUCCUAAGCUUUUGUCAACUUCUCUAUGUAUUGCCCUUGUUUAAAGUGCUGGUCAAAAGGAACAAAGGCAUUCAACAUGCAACAGCUACUACCAUUCCUUUGCCUAGUUUAUCUUUUACUAAAUCUUCUUUAAACUAACAGUCCAGCUUUUUGUCUGCUGGUUUCAGAUAAAUGGUUUCAUUAAAGACUAUUAGUAAUAGCAACAUCUCAUCCUUUCAUCUACUUUGUCAGAGCAGAGGGGAUGACUGGGUGGGUUGCGUUAGUAAGGAAGAUAGGAUUGAAUGAUAAUGGCUUGUCAUGACCACAAACUGUAGUUUGUUUGGAUUACAUUGAGCUUCAUAGAGUACUAAAGGUGUAUGAAUAUGGUCAUAGGUUAUUAAAUAGAAUACUUGGCACAAUUGUUUCGCGACUUUAAUUUUGGAUUGGAAGCAUUUUAGCAAUAAACUUUAAUACUGUUCUUUGAUAGUAAUAUAUAUUAAUCUUUAGUCAAAUUACUUACAGUUAUAUAUCAUGUAGCUAGUGCAUAGUUUACCUUUUACAGUCUCUUCUGGGCUCUUUUGUCCAAUCCCUUUUAGGGGGUAUGGACAGGGGUGUGAUAGUCUAUAGAGAGGCUUUACAUUGGCUUAAUAUCUGUGUUAUAUGCAUUUGUGUUUAAUGUAAUAUAGUAAUUAGUAAUAAUAAAACUUAUCUGAUAUGUCAA